AUGCCAAUUUAUCGCAAAAAUAAACGUCCAAAGCCUGCUAGCUACGAAGUGUUAAACAAUAAUGUCGACUACGGUACGCGCCGCAUUGAGCAGUUGCCGCGCCCGUACAGCUGCCAGGUGACACCGUACCGGGAGUUGGACUUCAGCGAGCGUACAAAGCGGGCGGCCCAAGCCGUGGUACCGUUUCUGCUUCCACCGUGCAAGGCCAUCUUCAUCGGAGAUGUGUCGAUCGGGAAGACAUCGCUGGUGAAUCGUUUCUGCCACGAAUCGUUUGACGGUGACUAUACGGCUACAAUUGGGCUAGAUUUUGAGGUAGAACGAUUUCAGAUCCUGAACCAAUCGUACAGCCUGCAGAUAUGGGAUACGGCGGGACACGAACGAUUCCAGUGUAUCGCUCAGUCAUACUACCGGAAUACCAGCGUCGUAGUGGUAGCGUUCGAUAUGACCCGCCCCGAAACACUACUCAACGGGAAGCGAUGGCUUGACGAGGCCCUGCGAUUGAAUCCGGGACCGGUACUAAAAUUUCUCGUCGGUACUAAAAAGGAUCUUUUGGGCAAUCAGGCACUCUGUGAUAUCGAGCUGGAAGCAAUCAAGAUGGCGUACGAUAUCAAUGCGGAAUAUUGGCCAGUUUCGGCCCGGACGGGUGAAAAUGUUACCAAAUUUUUUCGCCGAAUGACGGCACUCGCUUUCGACUACGGUGUCCAACGGGCGAUGGAGUCGAACACUUCGCUGUUACAACCGAACGGCAAUAGUCUACUGAAUCUAUACUAUCUACGAAAGGAAAAAAAGGAGAAAAAAAUUCUAAAAUGUUUUAACUGUACAAUAAACUAA